AUGGCAACAGAAGGACAUCUUUCUACUCCAGUGUUGUGGCUGCUUCUCCUCUCCGUUCAGGUCUCCCUGGGUGCUGAUGAAUUGAGGUUGUCAAAUGGAACUGGCCCCUGCUCUGGGAGAGUGGAAGUAAAACACGAGGAGGAGUGGGGAACUGUGUGCGAUGGUGACUGGACCAUAGAAGAUGCUGAGGUUGUUUGUAAGCAGCUACAAUGUGGAUCUGCUGUUCAGGCCCUUAAUCGAGCUCCUUUUGGAGAAGGAACUGGACCAACAUGGUUGUAUCGAGUUGAUUGCCGUGGUGAUGAAUCUGCUCUCUGGAACUGCUCACACACAGGAUGGGGUGCCUUUACCUGCCCUCAUUACUUUGAUACUGGAGUGAUGUGUUCAGGUUUCUCUGGGCUGCAUCUGACUGGAGGGGACACUGCCUGCUCAGGACAUCUGGAAGUAAUGCAAGAAGAAACUUGGGCUACAGUCUGUUUUUCGCACAUUGAUUUCAAAGCUGCCUCUGUUAUUUGUAAUGAGUUAGAGUGUGGCCAGGCUGUGGAUAUCUUGAGAGGAACUCACCUUGGAGACAGACAUGAACUGAUCUGGCAAGAAGAGUUUCACUGCGUGGGGAAUGAGACUCACCUCGCACACUGUCCCAGGAUACUGCACCAUAUUAAGACAUGCUCUCAUGAUGCCACUGUUUUAUGUUCAGGCUAUGGUGGGUACAGGCUGGCAAAUGGCAGUACCACAUGUUCAGGGAGAGUAGAGCUUCUUCAUGGAGGCACGUGGGGAACCCUGUGUGACUACCUGUGGGAUUUACCAGCUGCUAAUGCCCUCUGCCAGCAGCUGGACUGUGGAGUCGCCCUACUGAUACCAGGUGGACAGUCCUUCAGGAAAGGAAAUGGAUCUGUCUGGAACGGCACAUUCAGCUGCAAGAAGAAUGGCUCAAGCCUGGGAGCCUGUCCUGUCAGUGUGUUACCGCAAGAUGAAUGCCCUGCUGGAAAAGACGCUCGUGUGAUAUGUUCAGGGUGCCCAGGGGGCAGGCUGGUGAAUGGCACCACAUGCUCUGGCAGAGUGGAGAUCCGCCAUGGAGACACCUGGGGAAGACUCUGUCGCUCCCACUGGAAUUUGCAAGCUGCCGACGUUCUCUGUCAUCAGCUGAACUGUGGCUAUGCAAGGUCAAUCCAGACAGGAGAUCGUUUUGUGGACGGGAACGGGCCUGUAUGGAGGGAUGCUUUUCACUGUGAAGGGACAGAGUCCUGCCUGUGGGACUGUGCUCAGGUGACUUUGGGCAAUCCAGCCUGUUCAGCCGAAGACGCAGCCACUGUUAUUUGCUCAGGUCUUGCUGAAUCACUCAGACUCUUAGGUGGCGAGAGCCGCUGUGAUGGGCGAGUUGAGAUCUCUCUCCAUGGCACGUGGAGCAGAGUCCUGGAUGAUGACUGGAACAUUAAGGAUGCUCAUGUGGUAUGCAGACAGCUUCAGUGUGGAAUUGCCGAGAAAGCCUAUUACCUUCCAAGGUCCAAGCGAGGCAAGGGUCUUGUGGCCUUAAGGAAUGUCCAGUGUGCUGGAAAUGAGACUCAGCUGAUGCUCUGUAAGACCUCCCAUUCUCAGACAGUGCCAAUGGGAGUUGCUGAAGACGUUGGUGUGAUUUGCUCAGGUAGCAGACAGAUCAGGCUGGUGAAUGGAACAAACCGCUGUGCUGGGAGAGUAGAGCUUUAUCAUGAUGGCAUCUGGGGCACCAUCUGUGACGAUAAGUGGGAUCUAUCAGAUGCUAAUGUUGUUUGCAAACAGCUGCGAUGUGGACAUGCCAUCAAGGCAUUUGCCUCUGCUCAUUAUGGCGAAGGCUCUGGACAGAUCUGGCUGGACGAUGUGAACUGCACUGGGGCUGAAUCUGAUCUCUGGGCAUGUCCCUCUAGGGCAUGGGGCCAGCACAACUGCCAACACAAAGAGGAUGCUGGAGUCCUCUGCUCAGAGUUCCUGGAUCUGAGGCUGGUGAAUGGCAGUGACUGUGCUGGGCGUCUAGAGGUUUUCUACAAUGGGACAUGGGGGAGUAUUUGCUCCAAUCGUAUGUCUCAACUCACUGCAAUAACUGUGUGCAAACACCUGAACUGUGGAGAUGGGGGGGAAAUCGCAGCAGACUUCAAAUACGGCCCAGGUUCUGGGCCCACAUGGCUGGACCACAUCGAGUGUACUGAACAACAUAACUCUCUCUGGCAAUGUCAGUCAGACCCCUGGGAUGCUCAGUCAUGUGGUAACCGAGCAGAAGAGACCCAUAUUUCUUGCUCUGGAAGAAAAGAGGCAAUGUCUCCAGCCACAUUUGCUGAGUGUCCAAACUCUACAAGUUGUUCAGACAGGGAGAAGUUACGAGUCAUAGGAGGAGAGGACGGAUGUUCAGGCAGAGUGGAGAUUUGGCACCAAGGUUCUUGGGGAACAGUCUGUGAUGAUUCCUGGGACGUGGCAGAUGCUAAUGUUGUAUGCAGGCAGAUGGGUUGUGGAUCUGCUGUGUCUGCUCUGAGUGAAGCCACCUUUGGGGAAGGGACUGGUCCCAUCUGGUUGGAGAAGGUGCACUGCAAAGGAACAGAGCUGUCUCUUUGGGAAUGUCCUGCCAAGCCCUUGUUUGGCAAGAACUGUGAUCAUAAGGAAGAUGCUGCUGUGAAUUGCUCCGGUGUGACAGAAACAACAGCAUCGCCCACUAGAGCAGAUCGUCCCCGCCGCCCUGCAACAGAGAGCACAAGAAUUUCAAUGCCUGUCAUCUUCUGCAUUGUCCUGGGGGCCCUGCUCUGCAUGGUCCUUGCCAUUCUCGCUGGACAGAUCCGAAGGGCCAGGGCACAGCAGAGAGGCUCCAGACUACCCUAUGACCCCUUCUCUGAGGCCGUCUAUGAGGAGAUCGACUAUAACCUAAUGAGGGAAAAGCAGAGCAUGACUGGCCUUUCAGAGAGUUCAAAAACAAAGGCACGGUUUUAUAGCGGGGACAGUGAUGAAGAAAAUGGUCCUGGAGCAACUCAAGAUGUCUCUCCACUGCCUGGAAAUGCCCUGGAAGAUGGUUAUGAUGAUGUGACAGAAGCUCCUGGACCCAAAGAUGCUUCUCUUUCUGGUCAGAAUGAGCAGGAAAUCAUUGGGAUCUCUGAAGAAAGUGACAGAAACAAGGAAUCACGGACAGGUGAGUCCAGAAGAGCAGUGCUGUUAGUUUUCAUAAUCUAUAGUUACUGUAGCGAACUCAGGGAAAAUCAAGGUGGAGGGUACCUGAAGGGAUCACCUAGGUUUUAUCUAACUACUGUCAGGGAGGAACACUACUUACUUAAAUGAAAAGUGUAGGUCAGAUGUUUGUUAUUCUGUUCUUACAGCCAUUCAGUCGCAGUGUUUCCACAACGUCUGCAGGUAAUCUAUACCCAGGCAGUGUUUUCCUUACAGCUAUAGAAUUCUUGCCUGUGGCCUAACCUAAGUUUUCACUGCUGCAAAUUAAAAUUGUUACUUCUAAUUACAAUGACCAUGGAGAUACAGGAGUUGCAUUCAUCUUUGUAGCAGCCUUUUAAGUACUUGAAGACUG